GUGGCGGACAGGGCGGUGCAAAGCUUGGCCUCUCCUCGACGGACCUCGCCCUCCUCGUGGACCUCACGGGCCGCGCGGGUGACCAGGCUUCGUCCGACAAGUACAAGGAGCAGCUCAACAACCUCACCGCCCGCCCUGCUCCAAACGUGCCGCUGGAGCAGCGGGUGGCCCAGUGUCAGCGUGAGCGUCUCCGACUGGCCAAGAAACUUCAACAUGAGCUUGACAAACUCGACCGCUGGGAGAAGGAGAUGGAGAAGCAACGUGCUCACAUCUCUUCCAUCUCAGAGCAGCUCACCCGUCAUGAGGAGUCCUACAGCGAGCUGGUUGGCAGGCUGGCGUCUGAGGUCCGCAAGGAGGCGCCGCCCCCCGAGGCGCCCAAGAUCAACAUCGAGGACCUGGUCGCUGGCAAGUUUGACUCUUUCCAGAUCGACCUCGGCUCCUGCCUUUCCUUCGACGCUGAAGGCGAACUCGAGCUGUCCAAGGAGGAUAAGGAGGAGCUUGACCGUCGGCAGAAGAAGUUGGCUGAAGGUCUAUCUAAAUUAUCCAAGGAGCUCUUCUCCCAGGAGCUGGCCCUGGUGCAGGCGACCCGCCUCGGCCUGAAGCCGGUGCUGCC